ACACAGGGUUGCGUUGGUCACCCGGAAGGCCGGACGGAAUCCUCAUCCUGCAGUUGGGCACCCCCGAUUCCUCCCAUCUUCCUCUUCCUCGCUCGCACAGCCCAAAACCCAACUCCCGAUCUCCCAGCUCCCCACCCAGAUCUCGAAACCCUCGCCGUCGCCGCGGCCAUGGCGAAGCAGUUCCCCGUGCCGCCGGUGGUCUUCAACAACUCCUCCUCCCCCACGCACCGCCGCCACCCCAUCCCCGGGACGGGCGCCUCCCCACCGCCCGCCUUCGCGCCGCCCCGCCCCUCCACCUCCUCCGCCGCCAACCCGCUCCCCUUCAUGUCCUUCGACAUCGGCCCCGCCCCCUCCAACUCUACCCCGCCCCUCUUCGCCGGCGCGCCCAUCGGCGGCUCCGGCGCCUCCUUCGAGGACGAGCCGCCGCUCCUCGAGGAGCUCGGCAUCAACACGCGCCAGAUCUGGCGGAAGACGCUCUCCAUCCUCCACCCGCUCCGCUCCGCCGACACCUCCCUCCACGCCGACGCCGACCUCUCCGGCCCCUUCCUCUUCCUCCUCUCCUUCGGCCUCUUCCAGCUCCUCGCCGGCAAGUUCCACUUCGGGAUCGUCCUCGGCUGGGUCACCGUCGCCUCGCUCUUCCUCUACUUCGUCUUCUCCAUGCUCUCCGGCGGCCGCCGCGGCGACCUCGACCUCUACAGGUGCGUCAGCCUCGUCGGCUACUGCAUGCUCCCCAUGGUCAUCUUCUCCGCGGUCUCACUCUUCCUGCCGCGGGGCGGCGGCCUCAUCUUCGGGGUCGGCAUGGGCUUCGUGCUCUGGUCAACCAGGGUCUGCACCAGGCUGCUAGCGGAGCUCGCAUCCAGCGGCGACGAGCACAGGGGGCUCAUUGCCUACGCCUGCUGGCUCGUCUACAUGCUCUUCUCGCUGCUCGUCAUCUUUUGAUGCUGUCCAUAUGUUAUGAAAGAUCAGGCUCAAAAUUCUUUUGCCCCAUGGAGUGUAGAACUGCAUUUGAUCAGCCACUGGAGGGGUUUUGCUAUGCUGUUACAGAACUAUUGAUGAUCUAGUGUUAUUGGGAAAAUGUUCUGUAACGAUCUUUUCUUUUUCAUCCUUAGUUCAUGUGGCAUGGUAGGCGGCUGGUAUAGAUCUUGGUAAAGAAACGGAAGGCAAGAUCCGGACAGUACAAAUAUUAUAAGUAGAUAGGUUUUGUUGAAGUGUUGAUGGGAUCUAGCAAUUUUCGAAAGAGUACACUUGUCAUCUGUUUGAACUCA